UCCCAGGCCAGGGCUCUGGCCAUCAGGCCACCCUGCUUCUGUCCCCGGGUCCCAGCCCGAGUCCCACCAGCCAAACGACUCGGCUUCGGUCAGCUGCGCCACGGCCAGCCUGCUCCGCUCCGCUGUGGCACUACCCACAGCGGAUGCUGACGGGGCGGCUGUGCCCCGGACUCCGUCCCCCGGCCGGGGUGGUCCCGGGCCUCCGCGGGGCGAUGUCCGGCGGCGGGGCCGGGGGCCCGGUGGAGGCGGCCAUCCGGGAGAAGCUGCGCCGGGCGCUGGCCCCGGACGUCCUGGAGCUGCGCAACGAGAGCGACGCCCACGCGGGACCCCCGGGCCGCGAGACCCACUUCCGCCUGGCGGUGGUCAGCGCGCGCUUCGAGGGGCUCGGCCCCCUGCAGCGGCACCGCCUGGUCCACGCCGCCCUGGCCGAAGAGCUGGCCGGGCCCGUCCACGCGCUGGCCAUCCAGGCCCGGACCCCCGAACAGUGGAGGGCCGACCCCACCCUCGGACGGAGCCCUCCGUGCCUGGGAGGGGGGAAGCGGACCCCCGAGGGGGGCGUCUCCUGACCCCCUCGCCCCGCGUCCUCUCCCCCUCUUGUGCUCUCCAAUAAACGCCGUCGAUCGAAACACGGCGCGGGUGCGGA